AUGCUGUUUAAGUCCUUGGGAUUGCUUCUCCUACUGACUGGUCAGGCCUGGUGUCAGUCCAUUAGUUUUCCUAUUUACACCGUUGGAAGUAUUUACUCGGCUCUAACUGGAGGAGGAGGUGGAGGCGGUGGAGGCGGCGGUGGUGGUGGCGGAGGAGGAGGAGGUGCCUCAACCAGCAGCAGUGAUCAAGAUGCGUACGACGCCCUCGUGAAUCACUAUUACAACAGUCAAUUGCAGCAAUACAACCAAGCUCAGGCGGCUUACAGCGCGUAUAUGUAUAGUCUCUAUGCUGCAGCGGCGAAUGCAGCGGCGGCUACCGCUACUACAACUACUACAGAAGCUCCGACUACAACUACAACUGCGGCUACAACCACGACUGCAGCUACAACAACGACCACAGCAGAUCCAAACACUUCAACUGCAGUGGCCACAACGGCAGGACCUGUCACCACCUCGACCGCCGUAGCCACAACGGCAGGACCUGCUACCACCUCCACCGCCGAUACCACGACCACGACCACGUCCACAACCACUACCACGACCACGACCACGGAAGCUCCUUCAACUUCUACCGCUGCGGCGGCAGCGGACACGAACACCACUUCUACGGCGGUGGCAAGUGCCAGGAUUCAAACCACACCUCUGCCCUAUCACUAUGCUCCCAGCUCACUGAUCAGUCCCUAUGAUCUUCACCGCAUCAGCUCCAAUCCUAUUUACGUCCGGAACUCCGCAGUAGCAGAAUCUUCAGCUCAGCCCGUGCCUGUAUAUAAUCCAUAUGAUAUUUACCGUGGCGGGCAGGCACCUCCUUAUUUCGUAUACGGAAAGAAGUAG